AUGACACCAAAUGCAGGACCGACCGAGGCCCACGAGCAUAGCUCUGGCCCGUCCAACUUAAUGGAUCAAGCACAGCUGCUGUAUGUCGAUGGCCGAUACCAACCCAGCUCAGACGGCGCUACCUUCCUUGUGAACAACCCAAUGACCAGCCAUCGCAUAUACAAUUGCGCAUCAGCUUCCGUCGACGACUACAGCCUCGCCAUCGAGAACGCCCACGAGGCAUAUCAGUCAUGGUCCAAAACAGGUCCUACCGCUAGACGGAUGAUCUUCUUGAAGGCUGCGGGUAUACUCGAGUCGUAUCUACACCGGGAUGCUGGUGAGAUAAUGUCACAGGAGAUAUCGGCGCCAGAUUACUGGGUGAAGAUCAACAUCCACUCCACCGCCGGAACACUGAGGGAAGUCGCCGGUCUGGCCACUCAAAUACGAGGCGAAGUCAUCCCGACAGACCGCCCCGGGACAACGGCAUUCAUGGAGAGGCAGCCAGUUGGGGUCGUGUUUGGGAUAGCUCCCUGGAAUGCUCCCGUGAAUCUCACGGCAAGGGCUAUCGCCUGUCCUCUCAUCUGCAGGAACACAGUCGUGUUGAAGCCAUCUGAGUACAGCCCCAAGAGCCAGCAUCUAGUUGUGCGAGCCUUGGCCGCCGCCGGACUGCCGCUAGGAUGCCUGAACUUCCUCCCCACGAGCCCCAAGAGAACACCGCAGGUGACCGAGUUUGCCGUAAAGCACCCAAAGGUUCUCCGGGUCACCUUUACUGGAAGCGACCGGGUGGGAAGAAUCAUCGGCGGUUGGGCAGCCGAAUGUGUAAAGCAGUGCAUCUUGGAGCUGGGCGGCAAUGCACCGGUUCUUGUCUUUGACGAUGCCAACAUCGAUGAGGCUGUUGAGGCUGUGGUGUUCGGCGCUUGCGAGAAGUUCAAAGCGAAACUUCUAGCUAAGGUCGCAACUGUGAAGACCGGGAACCAUCUGGAGUAUUUCGGCGUCUCGUUCUCGGGCCUCUUCACGCCGGCAUCAGCGAGGCGCGUCAUCGAACUGGUGAAGUCAGCAGUUCACGGCGGCGCGAAGCUGCUUGCGGGCGAUGUGGAGAUCACGGGCCCCAACAAGACCAUUGUGAGGCCUCAUAUACUGGAAGGGUGA